AUGCAGACUGGCGUCGAUUGCUGCUCCCGGGUUGAGGUCUUAGUCCGGAAUGCCGAUGCUUGCGCCCCUUGGUUGACAAAACAUCAGCUGUUGCAUGAUUACCACGGUGCAUACACGACAGCUCGGACUGUUGGCAAACAUGCCAUCUUCGAAUUCUCGAUGCAUAUCCAACGGAUGCUGGAUACAGCGACGGCCGUCCUCUGUCGCACAAGCGAGCUGCCAGAGGCGCCCGAGGCUCCUGCAAAGGCCCUGCGAUUCCUCGCGGGUGGCGUGCAGGCCCUACGGCCUGAGCUGGUGCGCGAGUGUCUGGCGGCCCUGAGAUAUCUGGACAGCCAAAGCAGCGAGCAGCCAUUGAUUGAAUACCAGGUCACGAUGCUUCUGACGUGUGACACGGUGGGAGAUCACACGCCUGAAAGAGGUUUUGACGUCUUUACCUUCGUGCAACCGUUACCUUAUGUCGAACCCAUGGUUAGAGUCGCGGCGCAUCCCGCAGAGAGGAGGAAUCCCACCAUCAAGGAUGUGCAGUGGGUGCAGGAUCGAGCAAGCUUGGAGGAGAUUCAGAGGGAAGCUGCGGUCAACGAGGUGAUCAUGUACGACAGCAGCGGCCAGAUCACGGAAGGCUUGCAGACCAACUUCUUCGCGGCGCUUGCGGACGGCUCCCUGCAGACGGCUCCGGAGGAGCGAGUGCUGGCGGGCACCGUGCGUAAGGUGGUGCUGGAGGUGGCUCGCGAGGAGGGCGUGACAGUCAGGUUGGAGUGUCCGAGAAUUGCGGAUGCAGAGCUCUGGGAGAGUUGCUUCAUUUGUUCCACCUCUCGCUUGGUGAAGCCGGUGCGCGAGCUCGUGGCACCAGACUGCACGAGGCAAUUUCCCGAAGCGUCCCUCGCACAUCGCAUCGAGGAGCUCGUCCUUCGAGCAGUUCAGGCGCACUCGGAGCCGCUCCAGCCUCACGCAGACGUUGACGCUGCCGAAGCCACCUCAUGCUGGGCGUACAGCGUCGGCGUCCUUUGGCCUUGGCUUUGGCUUGGAACCGCCCUCCUCCGCUCCCAAGAGGCGUGGGCCUGGGCCCAUGCAGGCGCCGCAUCUGCCGGAUCGGGAUCGGCCUUGGAAGGCGACACGGAGGAAGCAGAGGAGGCUGAGGGCCAGGGGAUGCCAAAGGUGAAGGAUGAAGGCGAGGAAGAGCCGAAGGAGGCCAUACCAGCCGGCGAGUUGGCCCGGAUGGUUUUGGUCACGACGGAGGAUGAGGAUUCUCAGACGUACGAGCAAGCGGGGGAGUCCUGCGAGUCCUUGGAAAAGAACGGCGACUCCUGGCAUCUUUGCUUCAAAGAUGAAGUCGAAAGGGACUGGAAGGAGUACAUGCUGAAAGCCAGCGGUGCUUAUGGAUUCCGUGCCUGGCUGGACGAGCGCAACUUCAGUGAAGCCGGCUGCAUCCACAACGGGAGGAGGACGGAAGCCAAUGCGGAGGGCCCGAAUUGGGCCUGCGGAUACCAGAAGGACAAGAAGUUCAACUCCCUGUGCUGUGUGGAUAUGGCCGAUGUCUCCGUAAGGACGGCCGGCAACAUGAAUGUCCAAAACUACAGCCAGGCAGAGGCGACGUGCACGGCCUACCGCAGCCACCUCUGUGACCAAGCGGAAGCGGAAUCCUUCGUUGCCAAUUUGGGACUUGGAUCGACCUGGGUCGCUUGGGGUGCCAAAGGCUGCACCCUGGAAGCAGCCAAAAAGAAUUGGACUUGUGGAGACGCCUCGACCCAAGCCAGCCAGUACGACGCCCUCUGUUGCCUUGACCAGGAUCCUUUAAAAGGCCUGUGGCCAAAUCAUCUGGGCGACGUUUGGAGCCUGCAGGACCGUGCGGACUGCUCAAACAAGCUGGCGAUUGCAGAUGGGGCCUGUGAGGACUUCAACGGUCAGCUCAGCGCCUGUGGCAGCAAGCUCGAGAACCGCAGCGGGCUGCUCGUCCACUGCGCCGUGGACGUUGCCAGCAGCACCUGUCGGACGAGCGCCGUCCGUCGGGGCUUGCAGCGCUGCAUCCUGGCAGCACGUUUCGGAGCAUCCGUAGCCGUGCAUGGCCCCCACAGUCAGAGUCAGGUAAUCGGCCGCAGCUGGUUCGCCCCUCCGUCCGCGUGCGCCGUUGGCCCCCGGGCGUUUGUCCGUUCGACCUGCGAGCGCUGGCACCCGGUGGGGGAACAGCUCGGCCAGCUCGGCCCGCGUACCGCCCAGGCGGUACUCGGGUGGCGCUUCUCGGCCCGCCGCCACACCUGCAGAGCCUGCACCCGCAUCAGCCUCCUCCGGCCGCAGCAGGAGCGGCAUGCUGGUGGAGGGCGGCGUGUGCGCUUCACGCCCACUGGCGAGGGAUGGGGCUUGCACGAGGUCGAGGACAGGGCAGCCUUGCCUCCGCUUUUGGAGGCUUUCAGCCCGGGGGGCACCUUCGACGUGGAGUUUUUGGAGGAGGCCUCGGCAUCCCAUGCGCUCGGUAGCAUGGACCGACAGGUCUUUCUCAGCGAGCUGCCUUUGCAGGAGUACGAUGAGGAGGCGCUCCGACACUGGCUGAAAGACUUUGGGGAGAUUCAGAACUUCGGCCUUCUCAAGGACGGGAACCUCCAGUGCACAGGAUGUGCCUAUGUCACCUUCACAGCCCAUGAGCAUGCCAUCCACUCGGAACUCCCCAAGACCUGCACCAUGCGACAGCCGCGAGAGAUCUCUGAGGCUGUGUCCUUGGUAGACACAUUGGCCGAAGAGGAUGGUGAGUUCAUCGAUAUCAAGGGCACAUGGUCACUGUCGGAGAAGAUGGUGCAGAAGACACAAGGACCGUUCAGAGGAGACACCAUCAUGUCUCUAGCAAACAGAUUGAGGGCGAUGCAAGAGAACCUCAAGUGCGACAAGAUCCUGAUUGGUGGGGACAGCUGGCCGUCAACCUCAGCAGAGGUGGUGGAACUCCUAGGGCGAAAACCCUACACGCAAGCCUUGUACAUCGUGGCCCGCACGACAAUCUCGAAGGACCCGCAGGAGUUUGCAAAUGUUCGCAGGACACUCUUGAAGCAACAGGAUCUCCUCAAGCAGAAGUUGAAGGCCAUCCUCACCCAAGCGACCAGUCAUCCCAUCAAGAAGGCCGUGAAAGUCUUUGCGUCUCUUCGCCCUUGCUUGGAGCCCGUUUCGAGCCAGGUGCAGACGCAGACGGUGCAAGCUCCCAAAGCACCGCCACAGCCCGCAGGCCCUCCGCCAGGGCAGCCAUUGUCCGUCGGCGGGUCCGACAUCGAUGUCGGGCCGACCACAGACCGUUUAUUCACCGCCAACAAUCGUCGUGCGCGGAAUUGCUGGGAGCUGGUGAAACUGAUCUUCACGGUCUUCGGUGGUGUGGCGGCCUUGCAGCUCGUGGAGGUCGAAAGGCACCGCUUUUGGGGAUGUGAGGAGACUUGGACUUGGCAGGACCCGAGUGGCCGCUUCGCCAGGGUGCAGCUGAAGACACCUGACAAGAUGCCCAAGGCUGUCGAACAGCUCAACAACACGCAGGUUGGAGAUGGCGAGCUGAUGGAGGAGUGUACUCUCACCUGCGUACUUCAAGGCUCUGGGCGACCGAGGCCACUGCAGGUGUUUGUGGAUGAGCUCGCAUUCGUGCUGCCGCCCGCUGCCACGGACUGCGAGCUCUACAUGCGCAACUUGCCCGUCGCGGAUUGCCUGGAGGAUGAUAUCAUGGAGUGGCUCAGCGGCUUUGGAGACGUGAAGGACCUCUACCUGCUCCGCAGCGUAGAGGACAACCAGCCGACGGGGCAGGCGGAGAAGCUGCGGCGCAGGACUGCCUCGAGGCGGGGACUUGCGGGGCGCGGCGGCGGGGACUUCCGGCUCAGCGGCUCCGCCGAGGCCAACUCGACGCCGGAGGACGCCGAAGAAGGGGACGUCAUCGGCUCCUGGCCCCGCAGCUCAGCCUUGGCAGAGAAAGCAAGGGAGGAGAGCACGGAUGGCACGCGAAGGUCCCAGAGCGAGAGGCUUCAGGCGCCUGGAGACGGCGGGGACCACGGCACGGCCGUGCUGGGCAGCAUCGACCAGAGCUUCUUGCAGUCCAUCGCCAAAUCGGCCAAGGUCAAGAGCCUUUGGCUGCUUGGGGAGGGCCGGGCGCCUGUGGGCGUGGGCCCGAAGGCCCCGAAGCCGCAGGCGAAGCAGCUGCACUUUGUCAGCGAUUGUCUGGAGGCAGAGUUGCCUGAACUCAAGGAGCAGCUGCAGAAGGCCUUGUUGGCCCAGCUCCAGGCUUGCAAGGCGAAAGAGAAAGAGGCCAAAGAGGCCAAAGAGGCCGAGCAAAAGGCCCAGCGGGCGGAGGAGGCCGAGAAGGCCGCGGCCGCGGCUGCGGCCGAGAAGGCUGCGGCCGCGGCGGCGGCCAAGAAGGAGGCGAGCGAGAAGCUGAAGCCAGGGAAGAGCAGCGGCCCCGGGCCCGGCGGCACGGCGUCGCAGGGGCCGCCGCCGGGAAUGUGGCAUCCGCCGUCCUACGGCUGGCAGAGACCUCCCGCUUCGGCCUGGGGCUGGCCCGCUCCAGCGGCAGCGGCGCCCGGCUGGGGUGUCACUGGGUCUGCCUGGGGCUGUCCAUGCGCUGGCGGUGCAGGUGCUGACGUGGCCUCCGCGGCUUCCUCAGCCAAGGAUUCGCCCCAAAAGUCGAAAGGCAAGCUGGACAAGGUGGCAGAGGGCGAGGCAUUGCUCGCACAGGGAAGGGAGCUGAAAGAACAGAAGCAGUACAAAAAGGCCCUGCAUCGCUUUACAAAAGGCGUGAAGAUCCUGGUCGAGCUGGUGCAGACCGAGGACGACGCGCAGCUGAAGCACAGAGUGAACGCCUACAUCGACGAGGCUUAUGAGCUGAAGAAGCUGGCCAACGAGAGCGCAGCGGUGGAGCAGAAGGAGAAGGAGCCAAAAGAGGAGCCGACGGAGGAGCCGAAGGCGAAGGAGGCGAGGAGCAAAGGGAAGCCGAGGCCCAAGGCCGACAAGGCGGCCGAAGCUUCGGUGGCUCCGGCGCCAGCGCCCGUCCCAGCGGCACCGGUCGUCAUCGCCGAGGAGCACCGACAGAAGUUGCGAGACGCCGAUGUGAUGUUCGAGGAGGGCGAGCGCCAGGAGGUCAAAGGGAACCUGGCCGAGGCACAGCGGCAAUAUGUGAAAGGGAGCCAGGUGGUGAUGCAGGUUAUUACCUUGGAGCAGUACAAGGGCAACGAUUUGCGGGAAAUCCUGGCUGCAAGGACCAAGGUGACAGACUACGUGAACCGAUCGGACAAGCUGGCAGAGCGGUUGCAGAGCAGGGAAAGCCGAAAGUCGGAGACCAGAAAGUCACGGAGCCGGAGGAGAAGGUCACCGGAGGAGAGACGCCGAUCCGGUGACCGCCGAGACAGGAGGGAGGAGCGCGAGACUCGUGAUCGCGAGCGUGGACGGGGCCGUUCAAGGGACCGGCGAGACGAUCGAAGGGAGGACCGAAGGGACGACCGACGUGAUGAUCGGCGGGAUGACCGGCGAGACGAGCGAGGGAGCUCUGCAGCAGGUCGCAGAACAGAUCGAAGCCGCAGCAGGGACCAGACGAGGGUUCGGCACUCCUCCUUCGAACGCAGUCACGACCGCAGUACACAG